GCACCUCUGUGGUUUCUGUUGGGUCAGCCAAAGAAGAUUGCGGCUUCUCAGUUUGUGUUGGAUCAGAACUCUGGCUGGAGACAUGGGACGUUCUCUACGGUAACUUUGAACUCUUCUUUUAGUGUUUAAGAUGUUUAAAAUCACUGCUGAGCCAUGCUUGUUGUUGUGUUUUCAGAGUGGUGUUGAUCUGGCUGAUGCUUGUUGGAGAGCUUUACGCACUCAAAUGUGAGUACGAAAUGUUAAACCUGCACAUUUAUGUAGUAGUACAGAAAUAUUGACCAUGUACCUUGUAGGAUUUUUGAGGGUUCAAACUUAAAUCUCUAGAUGUUUUUUCCUCCUUAGCUGUAUCUAAAGCCAAGGCUCCCAGCGUCACACCCAAGACUCCGCCUAAGGCCAACAUGGUUGCCUUCCAGCCCAGGCCUGUGUUCCGCCAGUAUGUGACUCAGUACGAGCCCGCACCUCAGCCCCAGGUCCAGGUGUUUCAGUACGUGACUCGGCCUCAGGCCCAGGUGGUCCAAUCCCAGCCUCUACUUCAGCGCCAGGAGCCCUACUACCAUCCUGUACCCUUGGUUCAGCGCCAGCCCCAGCCUGUGGUCAAGCACCAGGUGAUCCUUGUUCAGCCCCAGCCUGUGGUUCAGAGCAAACCCCAGCCUCUGUUUCAGCGCCAGGAGCCUUACUACCACCCUCAGCCUGUGCUCCAGCGCCAGCCCAGGCCUAUGGUUCAGCGUCAGGUGAUCGUCCUUCCCCAGCCCAUGGUUGAGAGCCAGAGCCAACCCCAGAGUGUGCUGAAAAGUGUUGUACCCCACAGCCUUCCUCUGGUUCAAACCCACCAUCUGGUGCCCCGCUACUCCAAGCCUCUGCCACAGGUGUCUAUCAGCCAGCCCAAGGUUCUGGUCCAGCCUCAGGCCCCCAGCUACCAGCCCCAGAUGCCUCAGGUCCAGCCUCAGGCCCCUAGCUACCAGCCCAAGCUGCAGCCCCAGAUGCCUCAGGUGCAGGCCCAAGCUCCUCAGUUCCAGGCUCAGGCCCCCCACUAGAUCACAUGGUGCAGCUUACAAGGCCAGUAAAGUGAUUUAAAAAAAAAAAAAGUGAAAUAAAUGCUUAACACUAUC